GUUGGAAGGCGGGGCGGGGCGCGGGUCGGCUGCCGCGUGGUGCCGCUGCCACUAGGUCUUGGUCCUAGUGGUCCCCGUGGCGAAAUGCCACGGCGAGCGUGUGGGUCGCUGGGGCCGAGGCUUCCCCCAUCCUGCUGCUGCCCUAGGCUUGAAGCAAAACCACCUUCACCCGUCCCGCGGCGUAGCUGUGCUGGGAGGCGGGCAGGAGGAGGAAGGGUGGUGAUUUGCUUGAACAACAGCAACGCACAGUUGCAGGCCUGGCUACCGUCCAGUCCGUAAAUAAAGGGCUUUUAUAACACUGCGGAAUGCUUAAUACUACGUUGCUUGAAUGGUGGUUGUUAAGGCUGUCGUUGAAAGGGCAACGGGACUUGCUGGAAUCACCUUAUUCGAAAACAGCUUUGGUGUAUCUACUAUAAAAUGGUGGAGAACUGUGAACCAUACCUAGGAUAUUGUGGCUCGCCUAACGGGUGGGGUUGCUCUUUUGGCUUCUGCAUAUUGUACUUGGCGAUACAGAAACUGCCAGUGUUUAACUGAGGUGUUGCUUUUACAUUCACGCUUAAAAAUACAUACCUUUGAAGCCACUGUACUGCUGGAAGCGCAGAUGAAGACCUGGACCAUAAGCAGUUUGUGUGCAGAUCAGACCUUGAAUGUGAGGAAGAAGCACGUUUAUGGCUUUUGUGGAUAUUUUUCCCCUGUUCUGCAUGAUGCUAAAGUAAACAUAGCUUAAGUUUAAAAAGUGGUACAGCAUCCCACACCUGAGCAUAGCAGAAUCAUAACAUUUCAUUUUAGGAUGACCUAGUUUAAUACAGUAUCGAAAUACUGGCUGUGUAGAAGUUGUGGUGUGCUACCGCAGAGUCUAAUGUUAGCUUUAGGACAUGUUUCCAGAGUUUAGUGCUUUGUUAUCAAUUGGACCUGGACUAGACCCUCUGAUUUCAAAUGGACAUGUAAUAAAAUAGAAUAAAAAUGCGUUGCUUAUUAACAGUUACUAUGCCUCAGAGCUCAUAAAUUCAUGGUACUCGUUGCACUAUCAAAUUUCAGGGUACCUGAAAAAUGAAUAAAUCUGUGAUGGUGAUGACUAGGUGAAUUGGAAGGAGUUUUUGUCACUUGUCUGCCAUUAUUGCUUUGCGCAUGCAUCAGACUGCUCUGUUUACUUUUGCAUUCUAUUUUUGGGAUAUGGUGGCAGGCCCUUUGCUUCUGCUUUAAGUUCUGACAUGUAAUUGGAUCCUUUGCUUCUCAGAAGAAACUCCAGAGAUGAUGACCUCAGUAGCCGAUUCUUACUGCCAUUCUCUUUGACCUCCUUACAGUAGAGAUGAUUACUGCUUGUUCCAGUGCUAUUGAGAGGUCUUUCACUUAUCUUUCUCUUUAAGAAUACCUGGAUAUUUGAGUUGGAAGAGCAGGGGCAGGUUGAACUAAGGUAUUUAUCUUGUGGAGGCAGGCAAGGAUGUGAAUGCUCAAGCAUAGGUAAAAGCAGGAAGGGUGUAUUGGCCUUUAUGUGGCAGUUCUUGCUUGAAUUUCACAUUACAGGAAGCUGAAUUUUCUUCUGACAGGACUGGACCACACUUCAUGGAAGAUGUAGGCUGGUGUUAUGGAAUGUAGAAAGCAGCUUGGAGCUAGGAAUUCACGUGGAGCAAGCACGUGAAGUACUGGGGCCAAACAGUCCUUGACAAUGUUUACUUUAAAGCAGGGAUGGUAGGAUAAAGUUUCUUUUCAAAUAGUUGUUUGGCUCUGUGUGACUUGUGUGCAUACUGUAUUGCUCCACUUUUCUACCCGCUCUGCUUUGCUGUGUGGAAGUGGCAGCCAAGCUUUUCAGUGAUACUAUUCAGUUUGGUUCUUAAGUUUACAAUCUUACCACAUGCACGGAAUAACUCUGCAGAUGCUCUGCAGAAUGUUUGCUUGGAAAGGAAGGAAGUGCAUAGGGUUAAAGGUAGAGGAUAACUGCUAUACGUAUUCUGACUAUAGCAGUGUGUUUUGACUUCCUGCCUCUCUUUCUUCGUGAUAAAAGAAGAUACUUCAUUUAUUUAAGCACCACAGAAGAGCUGUCUCAUUGCUGCUAACUUGUUCAUAUGGCAUUUGUGCCUCCUGAGCACAAAGCUCAAGAACCAUUUAUAGCCUGGAAUGUAUCAUCUGCUCAUGAGUCAUCAAGUUCUAAUCAGCACCAGUACUGCCAGAGAUAGAUAGCUAUUUUACUUCAGUUUCUGAACAAAUAGUGGCCCUUCUUCUACGUGGACUUUGGGGACAGGAUCUCAAUGAAUGCUAAUGAGGAAGAUGGAGCGGGAGUUCUCCUAGCUUUUUCAAAAGGUGGGAACCAGCGUGAACUUGCCCGCCAAAAGAACCUGAAGAAGACUCAGGAGAUCCACAAAGGGAAAAGGAAAGAGGAUAGCUUGUCUGCUUCUCAGAGAAAACAGAGAGACUCUGAAAUUAUGCAGCAAAAGCAAAAAGCGGCUAAUGAAAGGAAGUCUCUGCAGGCGGGUGCAAAAUGAGCUGCCUGUAUGGAGGAUAUAGAGUGCACCAAUGAAGAGAAGGGCCUAGAAGAUCAUUCAUAAACAUGUCCAGCCAUUAAAUGGUUAAACAUCUAUAUUGCAGAGUUGUUCAACUAGCAUUAGUUUAGAGUAUUUCUGGCUAGCAUAGGCUUAGUUGUCUGGAGUGCUGUUUCAAAACUGAGUAUGCUUUUCUGCAUGCAUAUGAAUAAAAGUACCAAGCAAUAGCUUUUGCUACAUUUUUUUGUUUCAUUCAAUGAUUCCAGUAACAAUGAAUUUCCAAAUUGACAGCUAGACCAGAUUUUGUCUUAAUUGUUGCAGUACAGCUUUAUAGAACACACUUGUAAGAUGUCCUUAACCUUACAGAGGUCUGAACUGUAAAUCUCAUCUUAAAUUAUUUUUACAAUAAAAUGUUGCAUGAAAUACU